AUGUGCUACUACAAAUUGUACAUCUAUGACGGAUGUGGGCAUUCGCUGCGGUCGGUGAGGCCGGCGCGUAGGUGUAAGAUAUACUGGGGAUAUGAGAAGGAGAAGGAAGAGGAGGAGCAGCGGAGAGAAGAGCAGGAGCUGGGGCGAGCGAUGAUGGAGGAGGGGAGACAGCGGGGAGAGGAGGAAGAUGUUGCUGCGGGCCAAGGAGUAGCAGUUACGGAGAGUGACAGGGUCGAAAAGAAGCACGACAAGCACGACAAGCACGACAGCGCCGUGCCGUCGGAAUGGGGCAGGGCUUCGGUUGAGAUUGAAAGAGGGGAAGGGCAUGGGAGCACCCACGGAGAGGGAUACGACAUCCCACAUCCACACCCACGCCCGCAAAACCACAGCAAUCCAUCACAUUCCAAUUCCUCAACACCCACCUGCCCCGACAUCCUCACCCACGCCUUCCUCUCCUACAUGAUCCACACCCUCUGCCCAACCUGCGCCGCCAACCGCGAUGCCUUGCUCUCCGACGUGCAGGACGGACACGCAAUGCAGUUUGAAGACUGGAAAUGGAAAGUCAAGUAUUGGAGUCCCGUGCCCGAGCAGGCGAGGUAUACCAUGAUGGGUGGUGGUGGUGGGGAUCAUGGCCAGGGAUGGGGAGAGAUGAUGGGGAGUUGGGUGAGAGAGAAGGGGUCCGGGCUGGGAUGGGGGUUGGAGGGAUUUCUUGGGGGUGGAAGGGGAGGAGGACGGAGGGGACGGGGGAGAGGGUGA